AUGGAUGAAAUUUCAAUUAUUUUAGCAAUAUUAGAACUUCAAAUUAAACUUUCUAUCUUUUCAAGUGAAUUAUUACAAAAUACUUUAUUAGAAUUAAAUUAUUAUCUUUCAUUACUUAUUGAUGAAGAAUUUGAUCCUCUUUUAUGA